AUGUAUAUAGACUUUCUUAAGCUCCCCGAGCUUCCUGUUUCCUUUCCUCACUUUCUUAUUGAUUAUUGUCAAGAACGGAAUCAGCUCGCUUUCGCUUACGAUAAUCCAAACAAAAUUCAAGAAGCUGAAGAUAAGCUGCUUGCUUGCAAGCAAAGUACGGACGCUCUUUAUAUCUACCCCGACGCUAAUAAGAUUAUUGCGUUCCGCAAUAGUUUGAACUCAACUAUACGGACCCGUCUGAAUGGCCAAUUGACUCUCUCGACCACGUAUACCGAAUACGUGCACGUCACUCAGCAGCUUAGACGCUCUUCCGGCUCUUCCGGUCUUUCCGGCUCGUCUUACGGAUUCCUUCGACCUUCGGCUCCUCUUUUUCAGAACCGCCUUCCUAAGCCCUUGACAAAGAAGCGAGUUCUCUAA